CGCGCUCUCCCGGCCAUGUCGGAGCCUCUGCCCUUUUUCCGCGAUCAGCUGUGGGGCCCCUCGCUGGGUGCUCGGACCCCGCCUCUGCGGGGUCUCGCCGCCGCCUCCCCUUUCAAGAGUUUUCUUGGCGGCUUUUUUGGUCCCAUUUGUGAGAUCGAUGUUGUCCUUAAUGAUGGGGAGACCAGGAAAAUGGCGGAAAUGAAAACUGAAGAUGGCAAAGUAGAAAAACACUAUCUUUUCUAUGAUGGGGAAUCUGUUUCAGGAAAGGUAAACCUAGCCUUUAAGCAACCUGGAAAGAGGCUAGAACACCAAGGAAUUAGAAUUGAAUUUGUAGGUCAAAUUGAACUUUUCAAUGACAAGAGUAAUACUCACGAAUUUGUAAAUCUAGUGAAAGAACUAGCCUUACCUGGAGAACUGACCCAGAGCAGAAGUUACGAUUUUGAAUUUAUGCAAGUUGAAAAGCCAUAUGAAUCUUACAUCGGUGCCAAUGUCCGCUUGAGGUAUUUUCUUAAAGUUACAAUAGUAAGAAGACUGACAGACUUGGUAAAAGAGUAUGAUCUUAUUGUUCACCAGCUUGCUACCUACCCUGAUGUUAACAACUCUAUUAAGAUGGAAGUGGGCAUUGAAGAUUGUUUACACAUAGAAUUUGAAUAUAAUAAAUCAAAGUAUCAUUUAAAGGAUGUGAUUGUUGGAAAAAUUUACUUCUUAUUAGUAAGAAUAAAAAUCCAACAUAUGGAGUUACAGCUGAUCAAAAAAGAGAUCACAGGAAUUGGACCCAGUACCACAACAGAAACAGAAACAAUUGCUAAAUAUGAAAUAAUGGAUGGUGCACCAGUCAAAGGUGAAUCAAUUCCAAUAAGACUGUUUUUAGCAGGCUAUGACCCGACUCCGACGAUGAGAGACGUGAACAAAAAGUUCUCGGUGAGGUACUUCCUGAAUCUGGUCCUUGUGGACGAGGAGGACAGACGGUACUUCAAGCAGCAGGAGAUCAUUUUAUGGAGAAAAGCUCCUGAAAAACUGAGGAAACAGAGAACAAACUUUCACCAGCGAUUUGAAUCACCAGAAUCACAGGCAUCUGCUGAACAGCCUGAAAUGUGAACUGAAUAGGAAAAUAAAAAAAAACAAAAACUCUCAUAAUUGUUGAGAUGAAGUUGGGCAGGUUAAAGAUGGUUGCAGCAUGUAGGGGGAAAGGCCAAAAGUCCAUGUAUAAUAGUGUUCCUUUAUCUUACCACGCUGCAUUUAUUUUAUGAUACAACUAAAUAUUCUUCAUGUACUACAUUUAAAAAAGUGCUUUCUUUGAAACACUGGGACUUCCUUAAGCUGCCGUUUUGGUUUUUUUACUGCACACUUUGAUGAUAAGCACUCAUAUAUGCAUAACUGUAAACAUUAAACAUUUUCAUAUGAGUAGGCUGGUAUUUCUAAUUUUGCUUUCUUUCUGCAUAAUGUUGAUUAUAAAUCCAUUUCUUUUCCUUUUUCAUGCUGAUAAUUACCUCUUAUUCUCUACAUGCAAAAUUAAAUAUUUUGUGUUCAAAUAAAAUUGGAAAACCUGAGUGGCCCUUAUACCCUACAGAGAUUUAAAAUGGCAUCUCAAUAUUUUUGCAUCCUACAUUUAUCUUACAUAUGUAUUUGAGAAGUGCAUAUGGAAUGUUUCACUGUAGGUGCUUCUGAGUCUACCAUUCCAUAGUUCCUGAAUUUUAUUCUCUUUGAAGCUUUCUGUGGUAAGAAUAUUAAUUUUUCUUCCCCAGGAAUUACGUAGCAUGUUAUUACAGCCCCCCUUUUUUUCUGUCAUGUUAAGUAAUGAUUUUGCUACUUCUAUCCAGCAGGUACACUGUAUGUUUUCUGCAAUGUGGACUUGACUCUAUGUUGGCAUUUUAAAGUUUGUUAAAACUAUAUAAUUUUUCCAUAAAUACUUUGACAUU